GGAGCGCUGAUAACGCGCGCGGGGUGAAUGAUAACACAUCAGACAACGGCACCUAUUCACUCCUAUCGCGCGACAACCUCCGCCACGCGUGGAGUCCUGAGUGAAAACCGAUCUGUGGAAAAUUGGGGAGGAAAUAGCCUUCCCGGGAUCAGCGUGGCCGUAUAGAGUUGCGGUGGAGGCCCCUCCCCCUGUCUGGCUCGCUCUUUUUUUCUCAACCCCUUGGUUGGCUUUCCGAGAGGGCUCGAUCCUGCUCACGCUCAGACCGCUGAGAAAUAGCAGGCAGAAGAUGGCUGACUCGACCGGGCACGGUGAGCCCGCAACACCAGCACCAGCACCAGCAUCAACUUCACUAGGGCUUCUCGCGCGCCUGCCAUUCGCUGCCACUCCGCAACUCUGAAACGGCCCCGCCUCGCUCCGUGCCGUGCGCCCGCGGGGUUUUUACCCCCAAAUAUUGACAGAGAUUUAAAGAAAACAUGGCUGAGAUGGAGAAAGAGGGAAGACCUCCGGAAAACAAGAGGAGCAGAAAGCCAGCUCACCCCGUGAAGAGGGAAAUUAACGCAGAGAUGAAGGUCCCGUCCAAUCGGCCCCUCCCAGGGGCGGGGCAGGCAGGCAAUCUCCAUGGCAACUCGCCCUACUUGAUGAGUUUUGCCGAAAACACCAUGAAUGAGUUGCUUGGAUGGUACGGAUAUGAUAAAGUGGAGUUACGAGACUCAGACGACAUAGAGAUCCGCAACUACCCUGACGGAGAAAUGCGGCAGCACAUCUCUGUCCUGAAAGAGAACUCUUUGCCAAAAGCAUCCACAGUGGAGAACAGCAGUGGUUCUCCUCCACACGCCAACAGCUCUAGCUCUACCCCGACGUCACGGAAUGGAGUGACAGGCGAAGCGUCUGUAAACCCCUCCUCCUCUAAAGAGCACGGAGGCCUGCCAAUCAUAGUGCCCUUAAUCCCGCCCCCUCUGAUUAAAGCACCAGCAGAGGAGGACACCUCUAAUGUUCAGAUAAUGUGUGCGUGGUGUCAGAAGGUGGGAGUGAAGCGUUAUUCUCUCAGUAUGGGCUCUGAACUGAAGAGUUUCUGUAGUGAGAAAUGCUUCGCUGCCUGUCGACGUGCCUACUUCAAACGCAACAAGCUUGGAUAUGUGAGGAAUUGCAGUGCCAGAGAGGAGGAGGGCGUUCCGCACCACAGCUUGUCCAAAGACACGCCCAGACUUGUCCUCAAGACAAACAGCGAUGUGCUUGUCUGCGAUUGGUGCAAACACAUCCGCCACACUAAGGAAUACCUGGAUUUUGGAGCGGGUGAGAGGCGGCUUCAAUUCUGCAGUGCAAAGUGUCUGAACCAAUAUAAGAUGGACAUAUUCUAUAAAGAGACUCAGGCCGCACUGCCAGGGGGUCUGUGUAACCCUCCUCUCCCCACGAGUGAUACGAAAUCAGAGAGUGGAGGAGGUGUACAGCUCCUUACACCUGAGUCCUGGAGUGCACCUCUAAGCGAGCUCCGCAGUCGUAGGGUACCUUCACCAGGGGGUGCCACCACUGUGGCCGGACCUUCUGGAUCCACGUCGGGGUCACCAUCUGAAACCGGAACUGUGUGUUCCUCCUCGUCCUCGUCAUCCUCGUCUUCAUCAUAUACAAAAAUCCCCACACCACGGCCACACGAAAGCCCCGCAUUACCGCCACACCCUCCACCACAUAUAGCAGGUUUACAUCCAGCUCUGGGGAUGCCUCCUGGCAGCCCGCCGAUGGUCAUGACACCCCGUGGCCCGGUCCCUCUCCCUUUCUUUAUGGAGCACCAGAUGAUGCAGCAGAUGCGGCCUCCGUUCUUACGUCCCCCAGGCCCCAACAGCCCUCAUUCCAAUCCCAUGAUUCCUGGCAUUGGGCCGCCACCACCUCCUCGGACUUUGGGUCCUCCAUCAAGCCCCAUGCACCGCCCACUCCUUUCCCCCCAUAUACACCCGGCCUCCAACCCAAACCUUUCUGGGAACCCUACAGGUAUGAUGCCCCCUCACCAUGCCGGCCACAUGCCAGGCUUGCCUUUCCCCCCAGUUAACAUGAUGUCAGCUGGACCCAUCCCAGUUCCGCCCAUUAUGAAUUUUGGCAUGCCUUCUCUGGCCCCCUUAGUGCCACCACCAACAUUAUUAGUGCCCUAUCCAGUGAUUGUGCCAUUACCAGUCCCCAUACCCAUUCCGGUGCCCAUACCGUUCAGUCCGCAGGCAUCAGGUGACCGACCAGGAAAUGACGGAACACUUCCGAAUACUGCAAGCGAGCGGAGCUUUUCAAAAGCACCGCCGUCAUUUUCUCCCGGCUCCUCCAGAGGGGAAGAGAGGGACUUUCACCAAGACCCUCCCACCUCAGAUACACUCUCUCCAGGAUUUUCCAAACAGAUGGACCAGGGUAGGACAAACAUGGCUGAUCUGUUGGUUAAAACAGAAAACUCUGGUAACAAAAGCUCUGGACACUCUCAUAAAGACACACCAGCAGACGGAGUCAUUGAUCUAACGACCAGUUGGCGUUCCCGACAACAGCUAGUGAUCCAGAGGGCUGUAUCCUGCGUGCAGGUAAAAGCAGAGCCCGGGUUAAGCCCACCACCUGCACUUUUAAGUGAAACCGAGGUGGAUGGCUCAGCUAGUUCUAGCAUAGGUACGAUAGAAGAUAACAUCAGAGACAGAAAUGCUGAAAGCCCAUUGGCUAGUGUGGCUCUGCCAUGUGCUGACCCGUCCUUCUGCAGCGGCACGCCGCCACUUUCUCAACCAAUCACGUGCAGUGCCUCCACUGUUUCUAUCAACACCACCACAUCUAAAACGGAGCCUGCCUCUGCUACUCCCUGCAAUGUGAUCGUUAACGGGAGCUGUAACGUGCCUCCAGCAGAGAGUUCGAUCAGAACGCCUUCGCUAGAGCAGCGCCCUCUGGUGGACCCCUGCCGCAGGACUGCUGCUGUGUGCGACGAGCCUGCGGGCGCAGAUCUAGAAGGAGAGGACCUGAAAGAGAACAGCUGCUUGGCCACAGAAAGAGACUUGGCAGGUAAAAGAAGCUCAAAUGACCAGUCUGCCAUUACAGCAGAAACAGGGGAGGACAAACCUCAGAGCCCUGAAGAUGACCCAUCUGGUGAGGACCAUGCUUAUGCCCUGCCCCUAAUGCCCAAACCUGGCUGUGUCAUUCAGCCCGUGCCCAAACCUGCUGACAAAACUGCUGCCAUCUUGCCCUGUGGCUUGACAGCACCAUUAACGGGAACCGUUCCAAUGGAAAUGGAGCCUCCGCUGAAGAGAAGGUGUCUGCGUAUCCGCAAUCAGAACAAGUGAAAUAGAGGACAGAUGUUACCAUCUCACCAAAGGGAAAAAGAGGACUGCACUACAGCAGAGACCAUCAGCUGUCCACAGGCUCCACAAUUCAGCCAAUCAAGAUGUCAGCCUUGUUUUCUCCACCUUUUCAAACCCUCACAUACACGUUCUGACUUAAUAUGCACAAAGAUCAUCCGGAUUGGACAGAAGUCAGCUCCGUCUCCACCCCUUUCGGCUAAACAAAGACUGACACAAAGUGUUAAUCUGGGAAGUAGAUCGGCUGUGAUGUUUGACCUCACUUGCGAUGUCUUCAGGCAUAGUCUGUUCUCAGUCUGCUUGUUGAUGAAAGAGAUAUUUCCUGUCCUCUUCACUCAACCCUCCAUCCAUGUCUUGUUGUUGAGAAGAUUUCCCCCUACUGGUUGGAGGCGGCAUUGCAGUGCAAGUCUAUGGUGUACAUAUACAGAUUGCAAAGAGGGCAGAGCUUAAGCCAAACACAAUAGGUCUGCCAGGCUGCCAAUCAAACAUGCUCAUGAAUAUCUGAAAUUGGAACAGGGCCUGUUAAAUCCUGCCACAGAUGGAUGGACCAGUUUUCUGCUUUGCCUGUGCAUUCAAAGAAGUUCGAUUUAAUCUGUCUGCACGUUUGUGGUCUGAUGCUAGCGAUUCAAUAGCCUCAGUUUGAAAGACUAAUACAGAUGCAGAGCCGCUUUCAAAGAUGGACAGAAAACUCUCUGAAAAGUCUCUCCACUCAAAUCUUUCUCUCGCUCUCCCCCUCACUUCCUCUGACUAUGCGUAUCAGUAUCUGCAACACCAGCAAAACACUCUGUAGUCUUUCUUAACCUCUUUCCUUUCUGUCCUUUCUGAGGGAGAGGUGUUCCGGAACUGGACACCAAAAAAAAAUAACAGGAAGAGAGAAACGUACACAACCUGGAGGGAGUACAAAAAUCACAGCGGGUGCACAAAAACAGAAGGAUGGAGUGAACUUUCAUUUCAUCGCUGGGAAGAUGCUGGAAAGUCAUCCACCGUUGGAGAAGAAAACUAGAAGAUAAGUAGUCUGCACUACUGGAGAAACGUGUUUGUGGAUUGUUUGCUGGUUUAUUGUGAACCAAUGAAAAUUCAUUUACUCAUCGAUUUGACUUGAGGAUUACAGGGUACAGACCUCACCAAGUAUUUUGGCAAACUGUAAAAAUGGCUGCUAGCUUUGUGGCCAUUGGCUUGGAGACUGUCCCACCCAGUCUGUUCCAUCACACAAAUGCUCAUUGCCAUGCCGCAUGGCUCAACCAAGAGUCUGUCUAACACUGCUGGUGGGUUGUGUACACACUGCACUGAUGUAUCAGAUGGCUGGAUUGAAAUCAGUGUCCACAGGGGCAUUUGGGUUGGAUUUCUCAUUAUUUCUCAUUGUCCAUCAUAUUGCGGUGCUCUUAUUUAAGAAAAAUCCCUCCUGGGUUUCCUAUCAGAGUACAAUCAAAACCAGUGGAGAGGUCAGUAAGUGAUUCGGGCAGCAGUGAGCUGGUGUCAAGGGUGCAUUCCUGAAGUUCAUUUGUGUUUUUUUUAUGCUUUAUUUUUUUUUGCCAAAUCCCAAUCAGUGCUAAAUUAUGUUCAUCACUUCCUUUCCAGCUACGGUUACAGGAACAGUUCAGUUAGUUCCAAGGUGCCCUUAGUGUAGAGUUCACUUACACCAGAUGCCAAGAACAUUUUGCUUAAAUGUGGACUGAGUUGGCUAGGUGGACAUAGAGCCAAAAUGAUUUUAGUUACAUAGAGUACUGUAAGAUCCGAAUGCAGGGUUAGCAUUAGCACCUGAGUGCACAGGUUAUUUGUUUUGACUAAAGUGGAGGAGUGAACCUUAAAGCUGCAUGUGUGUGUGUGUGUGUGUGUGCGCG